GUGUGUGUUUGUGAGAGAGAGAGAGAGAGAGAGAGAGAGAGAGUGUGUGUGUGUGUGUGUGUGUGUGUGUGUGUGUGAGUGAGAAAGUGUGUGUGUGAGAGUGGGUGUGUGUCUGUGUGUGUGUGGGUAGGAGUUUGUGUGAGUGUGUGUGUGUGUGUGUGUGUGAGUGUGUGUGCGUGUGUGUGUGUGGGUAGGAGUUUGUGUGUGUGAGUGAGAAAGUGUGCGUGUGAGAGUUUGUGUGUGUCUGUGUGUGUGUGGGUAGGAGUUUGUGUGAGUGAGUGAGAAAGUGUGUGUGUGUGAGAGUGUUUGUGUGGGUAGGAGUUUGUGUCUGUGAGUGAGAAAGUGUGUGUGUGAGUGUGUGUGUGGGUAGGAGUUUGUGUGAGUGUGUGAGUGUGUGUGUCUGUGUGUGUGUGGGUAGGAGUUUGUGUGAGUGUGUGUGUGUGUGUGUGUGUGUUCUACACUCCCCCAAGGUGAGCUAAGCUCCGCCCUCCAAGCAGGUUUGACAGGUUUUUUUUUCCAGAGUAGCGAGAUCAUCCUCUCUGUACGGACGCUGUUGUUUUCACUCCAACUUUUACCUGCUCCACACUUUAUACUUUCCUUCCGGAAGACUCUCUCACUCCCAGGUUUCGGGACCCGAGUGCCCCCGUCCCGUCGCAGAGAUGAACUGGUCGGCUCUCGAGAGCCUCCUGAGCGGGGUGAACAAGUACUCCACGGUGUUCGGGCGCGUCUGGCUGUCCAUGGUGUUCGUGUUCCGCGUGCUGGUGUUCGUGGUGGCGGCGCAGCGCGUGUGGGGCGACGACAACAAGGACUUCGUCUGCAACACGCGGCAGCCCGGCUGCACCAACGUGUGCUACGACAGCAUCUUCCCCAUCUCGCACAUCCGCCUGUGGGCCCUGCAGCUCAUCUUCGUCACCUGCCCGUCGCUCAUGGUGGUGGCGCACGUCAAGUACCGCGAGGAGCGCGACAAGAAGUACGUGGCGGUGAACCCCGGCGGGCACCUGUACGCCAACCCGGGCAAGAAGCGCGGCGGCCUGUGGUGGACCUACCUGCUGAGCCUGGUGUUCAAGGCCACGUUCGACGCCGCCUUCCUCUACAUCCUGUACUACAUCUACGAGGGCUACGACAUGCCGCGCCUGUCCAAGUGCGCGCUGGCGCCCUGCCCCAACACGGUGGACUGCUUCAUCUCCCGGCCCACGGAGAAGAAGAUCUUCACCAUCUUCAUGGUGGCGUCCUCGGCCAUCUGCAUCCUGAUGUGCCUGUGCGAGAUGAUGUACCUGGUGGGCAAGCGCUGCCACAAGAUGCUGCGCGUCCGGCACGAGAACGAGCAGCUGCUGUUCGCCGAGCGGCACGGCAUCACCAACCUCUCCCGCCCGCGCUCCGUGUACACCCUGCUGGACCCCGCCGCCCCCGCCCGGGCCCCGCCCACCUGCGGCGUCGCCGCCGGCGACAAGCUCAAGAGCGAGGAGGCCGCCACGGCGACCGGGAAGAUGGCGUAGGGCCGGCCAAUCGGAACGAGGAUCGGGGGCGGGGGGAUGUGCUGCAUCAGUGCAAAAAAUGAAAAACUUGAACACAAUAAACAAUAUAUUUCUUUUGAGCGGGUCUGGAACAGACAGUGAAACUACACAGGGAUAAACAACAUUUUUCAUAAUUCUUUUAAUUUUUUAAUUGCCUUUCUAUAAGGUGCACAUUUUAUUUUCAUUUUGUGUUCGUUUGUUUGUUUGUUUGGUUUUAAGUUUCACUCAAAGCACUGUUGGAGGGUUCAGUUCCCACAGAGUUGCUCGCUCUCUCUCUCUCUCUCUCUCUCUGUCUCUCUGUUUGUUUUUUUAUUGGUGUUCGGAGCGCUGGGACCAGAAGAUGCAGUGAUAUAUCGGGAUAAUCUCACGGACAGAAACCCGCAGAUCAUCUUCACAGCUCUGCAGUAGCUGUGAUUGACAGUGUCUAAUGGCCGCAGGGUGGGCGGUCCUGAGAACACUCAGGGUGUGAGAUGCGCUCCGUGGCCUGGACCCAAACUCCGCUCUAGUUAUAUAACAGCGCCCCCCUUUGGUCAGCCUCAGGACUGCAGUCUGUGCCACUCCGAAGCAGGGCCGUGGAGCGAAGAAGGAGGAAUCUUGGAAAGUCGAGGAGCCCUUUCAGAGCGAUGGGACACACGGAGACACAUGGGCCCAAAUUAGAGAGAAACACAACAAAAAAUAAAUCACAGAUAAAAAGUAAUUGCAUUACGCCGUUUCCCAAGCCCCGAGAUGAACUGGCUCCGUUUACGCAUCGAUUUUCUCAUUUAGCGUCUUCAUCCUGCUGAAGCAGCCGCACAACGGGAGCACUCCCAACAGACUGAAGCACACACACACACACACACUCGCACACACACACACACACACACA